GCGGCGGCGGGGGCGCGGCAGGAAGCACGGCCGCAAGGCGCGCAGGAGGCUGCAACAGCAACAGGAGGCGGACUGGACGGACAACGUGGCGGGCAGCGAUUUGUCGGCCGUAGCGAGCAACAGCACCGCCACAUGCCGCCGCCACCGCAUGGCCGUCAACUUCGCCGACAUCGGCUGGGCAGACUGGAUCAUCGCUCCAGAGGCCUUCGACGCCUACUUCUGCGCCGGGCGGUGUCCCUUUCCGCUGCCCAACAGCCUGGGCUGGACGAACCACGCGUUCCUGCAGUCGCUGGUGCGGUCGCUGGGGCAGGACGAGGUGCCGGCGCCGUGCUGCGCGCCCUCUGCCCUGUCGGACCUGACGCUGCUCUACAACGACAACUCGGUGGUGGUGCUGCGUCGCUUCCCCAAGAUGACCGUGCUCUCCUGCUCCUGCCAGUAGCCUGCCCGCAUGACAAUCUGAUGUAGAGGUGGCAGGGGUAGCGAUUGAGAAAGCUGUGCAGGGUCGUCUGCCCUGCAGUAUACUGCUGCAGCGGUCACAGUUUCACCUGGAGUGUGUGGGCCACAUCAGCAGACUGGGGGCCACAGUGUCUGAUGCGCACAUGUGCUCGAAUAAACACGAUUUAUGUGGACCAUUACCUCGUUCUAGACUACCCGAUAUAGGAUUUGGUAGCUGAAAAAAAAAAGGAAACAGUGUCCAAAGUCA